CUAACACUUACUAACGGUUAGUAAUCACUCCCAUUACUAACCCUUUCCGAACACUCCCUCCAAACAAAUCCGAAAUCGGAUCGCAGAAGCUAUCGUCUUUUUCCAUCUACCAUCGAUCGUUUUUUCGUGGCCCCAGAGCAAAACAGAAGCUUCCUCCAGCCUCCUUUAUAUCUCUCUGUCUUCUCCGUCUCUGUGUCGCACGUCCGCAGUUCAUCUUGGAUCGAGAGGCCCUUGCUGCGCACACAGCCCUAGUCCAAUUUUCAGUGGAUAUUGAUCGAUUCCCAGGAGCUAUUCAUCCAGGCACUUUUCAUCCGUGUUUUAGCCCUGGGAGCAUGAUGCUCAUAAUGGGCCGGUAGCACCACGUAGGAUAACGUGCUCACAAUCUCACAUAUUGAUUAUUGAGCAUGUAACAGGCUUUUUAAAAUUUCUGGGCCAAUCUAGCCUCUUCAUCUUAAUUUACAGUCUCCACAAACUCGCAAACUUCGCAGCCCAACAGCCCUAGCCGCUCGCAGCUAGCUCCCCUACCUCUCCAGGCGCCAGCGGGCAGUCCCGGUCUCCGCCAUCGCACUGUUGGCUGUUGCAGCGUUGCCACUCGCUGCAAAGUUUGGACCACGGAGGAUCCGAAGUCCAACAUCGGCUCCUGAGACCUACUACCCUAGCGAUCUCGUUCACUCGCUAUAGCAGCCAGCCUCCUGACCUCGCUCUAGCCUCUCGAUCUCCUAGACUCCUGGAUAGUCCAUCGUCACACGGCUCGGCUCAUCCUUCAAAAAGUGCAAUCUUGGACAUAGUGUGCUGUUUAUUUUGCUGCUCUCAAAUGGCGUCCUUGCAAGAAAGUCUGAAUAGAUUUAACAAGCAGCAGGAAAAAAACCAAUCAACCCUUACAAGUAUUGCAGCAGCUGCAGCUAAAGCUGGGUCCUCUAAGUCAACCCCUCCCAAAUCGGCGACAACAUCAUCAACUGCAAAUGCAAAGUCUCCUUCCACAGCAAUCAAAUUUUCCAAUGACACUGAAAGGCUUCAAACUAUAAACAGCAUAAGGAAAGCUCCUGUUGGAGCUCAGAUGAAACGUGUCAUUGACUUGUUGCUCGAUACUAGGAAAGCUUAUACAAUAGAGCAAAUAAAUAGAGAAUGCCAUGUUGAUAUGAAUGCCAACAAGGCUGUGUUUGACAGUUUGAGACACAACCCUAAAGUCCACUAUGAUGGCAAACAAUUCUCUUAUAAGUCCAAGCAUGACGUGAAAAAUAAAGAUCAGUUAAUUCGUUUGAUACGGAAAUUUGAUGAGGGUAUUGCUAUCAUUGAUCUCAAGGAUGCAUACCCAACUGUGAUGGAGGACCUGCAGUCUCUGAAGGCUGAAGGUCAGGUUUGGCUGCUGUCAAACUCUGACUCUCAGGAAGACAUUGUACACCCUAAUAAAGCGGAUGUGCGUAUUAAGGUAGAUGACGAUCUGAAACAGCUGUACAGAGGAAUUGAAUUGCCACGUGACAUGCUUGACAUAGAAAAAGAGCUGCAGAAGAACGGCAUGAAACCUGCUACGAAUACUGCCAAGAGGAGGGAUAUGGCCCAAGUUCACGGCAUUUCCUCAAAGCCCAAAACCAAGAAGAAGAAGCAUGAGAUUAGCAAGAGGACGAAGCUCACAAAUGCCCACCUUCCUGAGCUCUUUGCAAACCUCAAUGCCUCCGGUUCAUGAUGGGCUGGCAGGUUUAGUGAUCGGCCGUUCAGAUUCGAUCUCAACCCUUGAGGCCUUGAGUUCUUUUGUUAAGCAUUUCCUUUUCUUGAUGUGAUUGUUUCAACAAAAAUGCACGUAAUUAUCACCCAAAUGUAAUCUAUAUUGAACAAUGCUUUCUCAAAUCUGGACUAUAUGGUGCUUAUCAGUAAAUAGAUUUCAUGAGCACUUCAUAGGUUGGAAUUUCGGAUCCCUUUGGUAGCUUAGUUUGACCCUGCUCAUCACCAAUAUAAUAAGUAAGCUUUUGACUUGUUUGGUUGAAAUGGAUUUUACCAUUUUUUUUCUACUUUUAAAAA